AUUUUUCAAACCUCGUAUCUAUUCGUGAUGCGUCACGUAAGCGAGGUACUGCGGGAAUUUUCAAGGAGCUGGCAUUAGUUGAGAUGUUAUAGGUAUCAUUCCACAAUGGAAGACCAAGAGAUUCGCCAGGUUUUCAGAGUGAGAGAAGCCAUGUCAGUUAGAAUGGGCAGCCCUAUCCUGGAGGAGAACCCUCAGUUCUCUCAGCUUUUGCUCACCCUGGGGAAUCAUAUAACACCUGACGGCAUCAGUAGGCAGGUAGAUGCAGACUUGACACAGGCCAAACAGCAGCUGUCUCGUGCUAAAGAACAGUGGCUUCAACAGCAUGUAUUAUAUGAAGAGUUGUCCAACUUGACAAUGAGUUAUGAAAAGAAAGACGGAGAGGAGGAGUUAUCUGCAGAAGAUGAAGAGGUGAGGUCCUUGCUACAAGACAGCCUCACCUAUGCAGAGGUAGGGGACUACCUUGAGGUGAGCGGGGACUCCAGCACUGGCUCUGCUCUCCUGGGGUUAAGCAGACAAGACCUAGAGGAGAGGAACCCCUACAGACAGCACAUCCCUACCUUACUGCAGAGGUUUCUACCUGAACUGGAAGGAGGGCUCAGGCAGAAAUGUGAACAAAUUGUGACAGCUUAUUACACACCUCAUCAUACAGGAGAUCAGAAGUUACAGCUCGCCAAAGCGUCUCAGUUACCUGGCCUUUUAGAAACAGAAGCCCAACAUCUAGAAAACAACAAGAAACAGCUGAAAAUGGACAACCUUAAGAUGCAUAAACAAUUGUGGAGGUACUUCGAGGCACUAAUGGAUUCCAUUGCCGUUUUGGAGAAUCUACUGGUUAACCACAGGCUGAAGAUACAAGUGGAGCGUGAUGACAUCACAAGCACCUGGCUGACAGCAAAAUGUGAUGCUAUGUGCCUGAAAAUAAAAUUAUUUGAGAUGGAAUUGUUGUCUACCACUUACACAUCCAACACCAUCAAAGCUCACAAGACAAUAAGAAAAUACUUAAAUCAAAAAGAUGAAGCCAUACAGAAAGAGUUGAUGCAAGUGUCGCAGACUUUACAGACAUACGAAUCCAUUGGAGUUGAAUUUAGUGCCUUGGUCAAUGAAUACAGUCGCUUGUUGAAUGAGCUUGAAAGUAAACGAUGGGCGUUAAACCAGGUUGGACGUGCACAUCAAGAGAGCAAACAUUGAGACAUUCUUGAAACCACUUGAUUUAUUAAAAUAAACAUGGCAGAAGAGAGGUAACAAGGUUUGAACAUUAAGACAAAACUAACAUGUAAACAAAACACUAUUUAUGUACAGUAACAAUAUGUAAUAAAAUAUGAAAAAGCCCAUUGCUUCUUUCACUAUGUACAAAUUCAUCCAAAAAUGUUCAAAAUUUCAACUGCAACAAAUAUUUAAUAUUAAGUUAAUUUGUAAUAUGUCAAACAUCUUAAAGGCAACUGAUACUGCCUUACACAGAACCAGAAACAAAUUAUGAAAGUUACAGUUUGCAUAACUAAGAAAUUUCAAAUGGAAGUUGGUACAGUCAAACUUUUACAAGUGAAGUAGGCAUGAUCAAGCUGCAGAUGAAAUCACACAAAUGGAAGUUGCCCCAAAAGUAUGCAAGUGAAGUUGGCAUGAUGAAGUGCAUGUGUACUCACACAAAAGGAAGUUGCUACAGAUGAAAUCACUUCAAGUGAAGUUGGCGUGAUGAAGUGCAUGUGUACUCACACAACAGCAAGUUGCUACAGAAGAAAUCACUUCAAGUGAAGUUGGCGUGAUGACGUGCAUGUGUACUCACACAAAAGGAAGUUGCUACAGAUGAAAUCACUUCAAGUGAAGUUGGCGUGAUGAAGUGCAUGUGUACUCACACAACAGCAAGUUGCUACAGAUGAAAUCACUUCAAGUGAAGUUGGCAUGAUGAUGUGCAGAUGAAAUCACACAAAUCAAGAGGCUAAAAGUGAAAUCACACAAAGUUGCUACAUGUAAAGUCCUACAAAUGGAGCAUGAAUAAUGAUGUGCAGAGAAAAUUACACAAACUUAGUACAAGGUGACAUUUAUAGGCAGCUGAAGUCACUUGAAUUACUGGCUCCAAUAAAAUCACCAUCACACAAAAUAAGGACAACACAUAUGAAAUCACAAAAUAACAGGCAUAAGGGAAAUGACACAGAAUAAGGGUAACACAGAUGAAUCAGGUUAGACUGAUGAAAUCAGGAUGACAGUGGGACGUGCAGUUGAACUAGGAGGUGGACAGGUGACGAAACAUAGAAUGAUGGUGGGACAGUUGAAAUUACAGGGAAUAAGGGUAGAACAGGUGAAAAUCACUCGGACUGAAUGUGGGACAGGUGAAAUUAUACAUGUAUAUAAUGUGGGCAGGACAGAUGAAAUCCCACAGCAGGGUGGUGCAGGUGACUUACACUGAAUAAGUGCAGCAAAAAUGAAAUAUGCAGGAUGAGAGUGUCACGGGUGAAAUUCUGCAGAACAAGGGUGGAACAGAAGAAAUUUCAUAUUAUGAGGGUUCCAUAGAUGAGAUUAGACACGAAGAGUGUAGGACAGGUGAAAUUAAACAGAAUGAAGGUGGUACACAUAAAGUCACACAGAAAUAGUGUGGUACACAAAAUCACACAGAAAUGCAGUGGUACACAUAAAAUCACACACAAAUAGGGUUGGACAGAUGGAAUGGCACAAAAUGAGGGUGGCACAAAAUGAGGAUGGCACAGGUAAAAUCACACAAUAGGGCUAAGAGAGAGAAAUUUGUAGGGCCAAAUACAAUGUUCUAAUUUGGGGUUAAAGUAUUUUCAGACAUUAAGAAACCUAAAAGUAAUGUAUCGUAUACCAAAUUGGGUGCGGGUAGAAUUGAUAGUCUUACUGUUACACAUCUGUUACAACAGGAAAUCUUUUGCUAUGUUGGUUGUUACCCAGAUCCAGUGUAAAGAUAGUUUUGCAGUUGCAUAUCUGUUACAAUACUAAUUCCUUCUCUAUUCAGGAGUACCCUAAUUCCUCAACCAUUUCGCAUAUGAAAGAGAAACUUUCAGUGCAAUUUAUGCACACUUUUAAUUUUAUUUUGGAGACAAAACUGCUUUGGUUGGAUUAACCAAUUCCAGGGCUUUAGAGAAAGUAUGAUGUUACCAGUAUACAUCCACUACCAGUAUACAUUACACCUUGCAAACAUGUAAAAAGUUUGAUGAGUUACAGUAUAUCCAGGCACAGGUCAGUAAGAUGAUAUUGCUGUUACACAUCUGUGACAA